GUGAGGUCAGCUCACAACUGUCAGAAUUUUAACAUGCGCACAAAUUUCAGAUCCCUGACAUCAAUGAAAGGAGGCAGGAGCAACACAGUACAUCACAUAUAUUACCUCACAACUAUUUGCAUAAUUGGUCCAGAGGCAGCUCUCUAUAAGAAGGGAAGAAGACUUAAUCUACCCAAAGGAACUCAGGAGCACUUCUGGUGGAUGUCAUCUGCGAUUCAAGGGAGGAAGGCAACUUUGAAGCUGAAACGUGUAAGUAGCUACAGAAAAAUAGUGAGCCGACGCAAUUCUUCCACAACCUGAGCCAAGGAUUAAAGCACCUGGAAGGAAGGAUCUUGCUUUGCCAUGUCCAUCUCCAUUUGGCGGCGGCUGCUGUUUCUAUUCCUGAUUUUUACUAGUGUGUGUGUCAACUUGGGGCAGCAAUUUCCAGAAGAAGAUGAGAAUGGUGAAAAGAGUCUCUUUGAUGAUCUCUCCCCAGAGGCAGAGAGCCUCAUCUUAAGUUCCAUUUUCGGAAAAGCAGAAGAUGCAAAAGAGCAUCUGGAUAAAGAGCCGGGUGCCUCUCAACUGGAUUGGUUCACCAAAAGGCAGCACCCUGGAAAGAGGAUGGUAGUGGAUAUGGAGAAGAGGCAGCAUCCUGGCAGAAGAUCUCUCUCGGAUCAAAUCCUCAGCAUUCCAAGCAGCCAGCUAGCUUAUCUGAAUGAAUUAUCCAAAAGGCAACAUCCGGGCAAGAGGUACUUGCCUUACAACAAGCGACAGCACCCUGGCAAGCAAGGUUGGGAUGAUGAGACUGAGAAUGAGGAAAUCUUAGAGAAGCGGCAGCAUCCAGGCAAGAGGUAUCUGGGUUCACAGACCCCAGACAAUAAUAUUCUCUGUGACCCCCAGGAGUCCUCUGAAUGCAGCAAAGGUAGCCUGCUGCUAGAGUUGCUAGAUAAGAUAAGCAAAGCCCACAGUGAAGAGAAAAGGCAACACCCUGGAAGAAGCUCUUUGUUGGAUGGUGAAAUAGAAGCAGAGGAAUGAGAAACAUUGUUUGUGUGUCUGUGUCUGUGUGUUUGUUGUAUUCAUUGUUUCAUUCUUCUGGAUGAUUUCUGAAUGACUUCCUCAUCUCCUUCUGCUUGCUGAUUUCUCUGCAGGUAAUUCUUUAUAAGGAAUAUAACACAGAAUGGUGGAAUACCAUAAUCCAGAUUUAGCAGUCCAUGGGCAUGUGGAUUUCAUUUUAAAGAAAAGACUGAAGUGUUUCCUUGAGUGACAGAUAGUUGGGUUUGAUACUUGUGUAAAAUGAACUUACUCAUAAAAAGCCAUACUAAUGUACCGUUUUCCCCCCAACUGUGCAUGGGCCAAUGAUAAAUACACAGAGAAGGUGGGGAUUGUCAUACUAGGAGACUAAUUAGAGCUAAUCUUGCUGCUCACUUCUGGUGCACCAGCAGCAAAGAGUCAUGCUUCCUAUUCAAGUCUGAAUAUUCUCCCAUUACAUAUAUGAAUUAAAUUACAAAUGGAGAACUGUAAUUCAGCAAGGAUUGUGUAGAAGAUCAUGGUUAUUAUAAUUCACGUCUGUAAUGGGAAUUAUUUGGUCUACACUCUUAAUUGUAAAAGAUAAAUGAUUAUAACAAAGUUACUUUGAAGCAGGACCUUUCCAGGUACUUAAUAAAUCGGAAGUGAAUAAAAGAAAGGAAGAGUUCACAAUCAGAUACUUGUCACAAAGACAAUAUUGAGUAUGUACUGCAGAUCCACUGGAAUAUUGUGGUUAGUAUCCACUGCAAUAAUCCACCCAUUUACAAUAUGGAUGGAUUAAAGAAGGAAUCAACACAAUGGCUUUUUAGAUAUUACCUAUUCACCAUGAAGAUCAAAAUCAUAUUAUCAGGCCUGUUUGGUUGCAUUGCUUAAAUCAGAUCUUCCUAGUCUGCUGUGGUUGAAAUGAGUUGAAGUAUAAUUCUCAUUGUUCUCAAUCUACAUAUCUAUGCUAGUUGACUCUUUAUAGUCCAACACAUUUGCAGACCUUCAGGAGGUCUUGAGGAGGGCUCACAUAUGAUUUAGGAUCACCAAGGUGUGGAUGUCAUAAUCUCUGGAGGAUGAGCACUAUAGGCUUUUGUAGUAGCUGGAGUUGGAAACUUCCUAUGGCUAUCUUAGUCCUUGUACUAAGAAUGAUCUCUGGACCCUUAGACUUGAGUGAUCCUUUUCUAAAUUAAGUUAUUAUUAAUUAAGCAGAAACACAAAAAGAUUUGAAGAUAUGGAUGGAGCGAAUUAGCAAUAGACAAUAGAAUAUCAAUUGCUUAUAUUAUCCAUUUAGUUCUGGAAUGAGAAAUGAACAGUGUCUUUUUUUUAAAAAAAAGAAACUUAUUCCACAUGUAUCAGUAAUCCAACUGUGGAAGGACAGAGGACCUAUGGCUAAUAUUUGAUAUUCUCCAACUAUCAUAAUGUAUAUUAUUUGUUUCCAUAUUGAUAGAAUAUACCUCUCUAUGUAGCAAUGUGGUCUUCAAAUUAUAGUUUCCAGUGACAGUAUUUUCCAUUCUGAUACCUUCUAAGUUGGGGGAGGCUGUGAAAUUACCAGGUACCAAGUUGUGAUAAUAUAAGAAGUUUCUCUAUGCUCAUUGCUAAGGUGGAGCAAAUGGAAGUCCAAUGGAGUGGAAAUGUACACUGAGAAAGAUGUCUGAUUUAGCAAUUAAACUUUUCCUAUUAUUGCAAGAAUCAGUAUGAAAAAUCUAUAGCCAAGAAUUCCUGGUUCCAGCUAGAUUCGAAUAAAGUGGAAGUAAAUCUUUCAAUUCAAACUAAAGAUUGGUAACAGCAACAAUGAAAAUUUAAAAGAGGAAUUAGUAGACAUCUUCAUCUUAUUGUGUGGAUUUUAUUUAAAAAUGUGGGAAACUGCUUACCAUGCUCAGAAGAAAUGUAUUCACUUUCUGUGAAUUAAAAGU